GGCCCGAAAGUUAAGCUCAGACUUCAGUCGCGGUUUUCAGCUCGACACAAGCGAACGGACGUCUAGUAAACGCGGACGCGGCUUAAACCGCACGGAAAACGCACCGAAAUCGAAAGUGAUUAGCGCGCGACUUGAAUCGCCAAGUGUUUUCGGGAGGCGGGGGCAAUACUCCCAUCAGAAAACAUUACGUGUCAUCAUGCCGCCGUCUGGCAGACAAUUCCGGCUUGCAGCCCUUGUUUACCUGGCAUUAAGUCUGGGCCACGGGCUCUUAUGCAACGCCAGCGAAGGUGAAACUAGGCAAAAAUAUGCCAAUGAAUCACUCGCGGACGCAGAGGCUCCAGCAUGGUCGCAGUUUCUCGAAGAUUACGUCUUGAGCCAAGGUAGCAGCAGCCAGCGAAAGUCCAAAGAUCUGCCCUAUAUGGGUGGCGAUAUGGCCAUGAAUGGUCCGCUCAACUAUCACUCAUCCGCCUACAAACGACCCGGCAACAACAUCUACAUCACACGGCGGAUUGGCGAGGCCGUGGAACUGGAGCCCCAUCUACGAAAGCCCGUGGAGAGCCAAAGCCCCAUUGUGAAUCCCCAGUUCCGACCCAUGACUAAUCAGAUGUUGCACCAGCAACAGCAGCAACAUCAACAGAUGCAGCAACAGAUGCAACAGCAACAGUUGCAGCAACGCCAGCAGCCUGGCUUCCUGCAGCAACUUUUUGGUAUAGGCGGAGGCGGAAGCACUACCGGCGGCGGUGGUAAUCCUUCCCAGCAGCAUCUACGUCCGGUGCCAUUGCAGCAGCAGCAAGUCCAACAGGCACCGCAACAACACCCGCAACAGCAGCAGCAGCACAUUGUAGGUGGUGGCAGCCAGAGCCAGCCAACAACUUUCCGGGCGGUUUCCGAAAACGAUCUUUAUCUUCUGGGAGCCAUCGAGAAGUUGGUUUACCGAGUUGAUUACCUGGAAAGUCGCGUAAGGCGCUCGGAGCAGCUGAUCUACUACCUGAUGGCUGGGAAUAAUCAGAAGGAGGUGAAGGAUCCCUGUCCCACCAACUUCACCCGCAUCAGUGACAACUGUUACUACAUCAACAGUCAGCAGCAGGUGAACUGGAAGACGGCCAACUCCGCCUGCAAAGGUCUGAACUCGCACCUGGCCGAGUUCGAGAAGGUCUCCGAGAACGAAGAGAUCAUGGCCUAUCUGCUGAACCAACCCGCCCACAGGGGUCGCGAUUACUGGCUGGGCGGUCUUAACCCAGGACUGCUCUGGAUCUGGUCCAACUCAGCAAAGCCAGUUAACCCCAACAUGAAUCUUACAUCCAUUGCGAUGUCACAGAAGAAUGAAAACUCCACGGCCGCAAAUCUGGUGGAUAGUUCGGAGAAGGCGGCGGAGGAGGCGGCUGGCGAGGAUGUGCUGAACAAUACGGUUCAGAUCGAGGGCAAGGGUCGCUGCCUUCGGCUGAGUUAUAAUGCCGGGAAGCACAGUUACGUGUACUACGGACAGGAGUGCACCUCCCGUCACUACUACAUUUGCGAGCACGAGGACAAGACGCUGGACAACAAGAUCAAGAAGAUCACUCGCGAGCUAAAGCUCUUCGAGUGAGGAUGGGGUCCGAUACGGUCCGAUCCUCAUGUGAUACUUCCAGUUUCCUAGCCAUAUCUAU